CACCGACGGCGAUACAGUCUAUCGACGUUUUCGAUCGUGGCAAAGCGCAAACUGAUCGGUAAGAAGCAUGAACGCAUCGAAGCUUUGGCUGCUCUUAACGUGCCUCGUCGCCUCGGGAAUUAUUUUAAUUCAUGCUGGCUCGGCUGAUCCCGCCGAUUUUCGGAAAAUGACCGCUGGCGUGAGGAAGAAAUGUAUCGCGGAAACGCAAACGACGCUCGAGGAUGUUGAAAACACUGAAUACGGACACUUUCCCAAUGACGUACGAUUAAAAUGUUACUUCAAAUGUGCCCUCGAAAAGUUUAAAUUGAUGGACAAUGACGGUACCAUAAAAUACAAUAUGAUUAAAAAAAUCAUACCGGACGUUUACAGAGAAAUAGCCGACGAGAUGAUCGAUAGUUGUACCGAUAGCUCCAAAAAGGACAAGUGCGAGAAAUCCUUUAAUUUUAUGAAGUGCAUGUUCGAAGUUAAUCCCAUAGCUUUUAUCGCACCAUAAUGAUUGCUCGUAACGAGUUUGUAUAAUUAGAAAAUAUAAUGAAAUAAAACUAUUGUAGAUUAUAAAGCA